CCGCACGGCGCGUUACGCAGCGCGGCGGUUGCGGCGGGGACGUGCUCGGGACCGGGAGGUACCGCGGGCCCGCGUGUGCGACCGCAGCAUGUCGGAGGGCGAGUCCAAGCAGGUGCCCAGCAGCGGCUCCGACCCCAAGCCGGAGCCCGCCUCGUCUGGCCCGGGGAUGACCUCGGUGUCUGCGCCGGUGACUUCCGCGGCGCCCCCAGAGGAGGAGGAGGAGGAGAGCGAGGACGAGUCCGAGAUCCUGGAGGAGUCGCCGUGCGGCCGCUGGCAGAAGCGGCGCGAGGAGGUGAACCAGCGCAAUGUCCCGGGGAUUGACAGUGCCUACCUGGCCAUGGACACGGAGGAGGGUGUGGAAGUUGUUUGGAAUGAAGUUCAGUUUUCUGAGCGGAAGAACUUUAAGCUUCAGGAGGAAAAAGUUAAAGCGGUGUUUGACAACUUAAUUCAACUGGAUCAUCUCAACAUUGUGAAGUUCCACAAAUACUGGGCUGAUGUGAAAGAGAACAAGGCCAGGGUGAUCUUCAUCACUGAGUACAUGUCUUCAGGGAGCUUGAAACAGUUCCUGAAGAAGACAAAGAAAAACCACAAAACUAUGAAUGAAAAGGCAUGGAAGCGGUGGUGUACCCAGAUCCUCUCUGCUCUCAGCUACCUCCACUCCUGUGAUCCCCCCAUCAUCCAUGGCAACCUGACCUGUGACACCAUCUUCAUCCAGCACAACGGACUGAUCAAAAUCGGGUCAGUCUUUCAUAGGAUAUUUGCUAAUGUGGCCCCAGACACAAUUAACAACCACGUGAAGACCUGUCGUGAGGAGCAGAAGAACCUGCACUUCUUUGCCCCGGAAUACGGAGAAGUUGCCAAUGUCACCACUGCUGUGGACAUCUACUCCUUUGGGAUGUGUGCACUGGAGAUGGCGGUGCUGGAGAUCCAGGGGAACGGGGAGUCGUCCUACGUGCCGCAGGAGGCCAUCAACAGUGCCAUCCAGCUGCUGGAGGACCCCCUGCAGCGGGAGUUCAUUCAGAAGUGUCUGGAGCAGGACCCUGGCAGGCGCCCCACGGCGCGGGAGCUCCUGUUCCACCCGGCGCUGUUUGAGGUGCCGUCGCUGAAGCUCUUGGCUGCUCACUGCAUCGUUGGGCACCAGCAUAUGAUUCCUGAAAACGCUUUAGAAGAAAUGACCAAAAACCUCGACAUGAAUGCAGUGUUGGCUGAGAUCAAUCACGAGGACAGGGAAGGAGUCAAGAUGAUCUUCUCACAAUCUCCAGCACUGGAGCUGGACAAGUUUCUGGAGGAUGUGAGGAAUGGGAUCUAUCCCCUCACAGCUUUUGGGAUGCCACGACCCCAGCAGCCCCAGCAGGUCGUGGUGAAAUCUCCCAUUGCUCCCCCGUCAGUGAAAACCCCAACUCCAGAGCCUGCUGAGGUGGAGACCCGCAAGGUGGUGCUGAUGCAGUGCAACAUCGAGUCCGUGGAGGAGGGCGUGAAGCACCACCUGACACUGCUGCUGAAACUGGAAGACAAGUUGAAUCGGCACUUGAGCUGUGACCUGCAGCCCAACGACAACAUCCAGGAGCUGGCAGCUGAACUGGUCCAGCUUGGAUUCAUCAGCGAGGCUGACCAGAGCAGACUCACCUGUUUACUUGAAGAGGCAUUUAGCAAGUUCUACUACACUCGGAAUGGAGCCCUGACGGCCGUGACUGUGUCAUCUUAGCCCCAUGGCUCCUGGGCAGCCAGCGUGGCCUCGCUGCCUGCGACCCAUCUGUGUCUGCCCACCGCUGUCGGGCGUCCGCAAGACCCCAGCUGCAGUGCUUGGAAGCUCAUCCUGCAUGUGCCGUGGCUGGGCUCAUCGACAGUCCUCCCUGCCCGCCUCCUAAAGGGGACUUUGCGCAUCAGUAUUAUUUCCAGCCCUGUUUUUGUUGGGAUUUGCCAGGUUGUGCUGCGGAGUUGAGGCCUGGCUCGGGGUGUUCUGCAGCCCCACUCAUGUGCAUGGAGUUUGUUCUGUUUGAAUUGUACAAAGUGUCUUUUGCACAGCA